AGAAUGCAGAUGGUAAAUACAUUUCCCCAUUUCAUGACAUUCCACUGUUUGCUGUAUCUAAAGAGGAUAAGGAGAUUCCUGCAAAGAGGUCAAGAACUACUGGAUCUGAGGUCCUGUUUAACAUGAUUGUGGAAGUGCCUCGUUGGACAAAUGCAAAAAUGGAGAUUGCCACUGAGGAGCCGUUGAAUCCCAUUAAACAAGAUAUAAAGAAAGGCAAGCUUCGAUAUGUGGCAAAUAUCUUUCCUCACAAGGGUUAUAUAUGGAAUUAUGGUGCCCUCCCACAGACCUGGGAAGAUCCAAACCAUACAGAUAACAAUACAGGAUGCUGUGGGGAUAAUGAUCCUAUCGAUGUUUGUGAAAUAGGUUCAAAGGUUCGUUCUUCUGGUGAGAUUGUUCAGGUGAAGGUCUUGGGUGUUUUAGCUCUUGUUGAUGAAGGAGAGACAGAUUGGAAGAUAAUUGCUAUCAGUGUGGAUGACCCAGAUGCUCACAAAAUCCAUGAUAUUGAUGAUGUCAGGAAAUACAAACCAGGUUACCUUGAGGCUACGGUUGACUGGUUCCGAGCAUAUAAAGUCCCUGAUGGUAAACCACAAAAUCACUUCGCUUUUAAUGGAGAAUUUAAAAACAAGGAUUUUGCUGUUGACAUUAUCAAAUCCACCCAUGAAUACUGGAAAGCUUUGCUUCAUAAAAAAGCUGAUGGAGGUGAUGUUAAAUGCACAAAUGUUCUGGUGAGGGACAGCCCAUUUUGUUGCAGUGAAGAGGAUGCCCAAUCAAUUGUACAGUCGGCACCAGCACACGUGAAUGGAGAUCCUGUUUCCCCAGAAGUUGAUUCCUGGUACUUUUUCCCCAAGUGAUCGUCAAAAUGUUCUGAAGUUGCAUCAUCAAAUCUUAAAGUCAUCCCUUUUUUGAAGACCAGCAAAAGCACUAACUGUUGGGUUCCUGUUGAAACAACUUUCCAACUUGUGUAACCCUUCUCUCAUGUAAAUAAAUAUUGACAUUAU